AUGCCUUUAAUCGAAGAACUACCGAUCACAGCCGCUGCCCGUGCCUCGCAUGGCUGGACCUACGUUCCCGACACUGGAGCACCCGUCCCCGCCGUGCAACUGGGCUCCCGCAAACGUGGCCGCGACGGGACGACAGCACCCGCAUCUGCACAUAAACUCUCGGCGAAGCAAGAAAAGGCCAUCCAACAGCGACUGAAUGACUUGAACAAGGAAAACUACCGCGAAGCCAAUAUCCCGAUCCCGAAGCGAGAAGGCGCAAGGGCGAAAGAGAAGAAGGCCACACCAAACGUGAGGCGGAUUUUCGCGUACAAUAGGACCUUCCAGCAUUAUCUAGCGGACGAGGAGGCCGGGGUGAAUGUCUAUGGAAGUGCUGCCAUUAUUCCCCCUGCCACAAGUACACGAGGUCAAGCGAGACAUGAGCAGACGCAGAAGACAGCCACAGAUUCCAGGAGGCGGGGUGCUGCUGCCCUCGAGACUCCGCCCACAGCGGCCCAGAGAAGAGCUUUGAGACAUUUGAGCUCGUUGAAACAUUCCAAAACCGCGCCUGUGAAGACCGUGGGAGCGGAAAGCGCCAACGAUGCUGACGUUGAGAUGCCUGAUGCUCCCCCGCCUACGAAACCCUCGGAACCGGCUUCACCCACAACACUUCACAAAUCGCCCAGUUCAUCCCGGGACAAACAACAACUUUCUUCGUCCCCAUCAGCGAGGCAACUGCCUCCUCCAGCCUAUGACCCAGCUCUCGACCGCCACCCACUGCUACGUACACUUGGUGUCCCCAAAAUGCCAUCGGAGCGCGUUAUGCAAGCUCUCCUCUCAGAGCCACCGCUCAGUUACGUUGCGGCACGGGCAAAACCACUUGACGACAACAUCGACAGCAAUGGCCGGUUCGCCAUGCGUACGGGAAACAGCGCGCUUAUGGCCAAACCGCAGCGCUGGUUCUGCUCCGUGUGCGGCUACUGGGGCAAAGUGAGGUGUAAGUAUGGUUGUGGAGAGAGAAUAUGUGGGCUGUUGGAUUGUUGGAAGGGUCAUGAAGCGGUUUGUACGCUGGCGGCGACAGGCUACUGA